AUGGUCGAUCAACAUCAACAACAACAACAGCAAAAGUCAACUUUAAAAAGUAGUAAAUUUAAGGAAAAUAAUAAUAAUAAUAAUAUAAAUAAUAAUAAUAACAAUAAUAAUAUAGAUAAAUCACCAAAUAAUAAUAAUAAUAAUAAGAAAUAUAAUGGUAAUACAUUGAACGGUCAAUCAAGUUUAAAGAAUAGUAAUAAUAAAUUAAAUAAUAACAAUAAUAGUAUAAAGAGUAAAGGUUUUAAUGAUAAUUCUUUACAACAACAACAAUAUCAUCAACAGCAGCAACAACUAUAUCCGAUACAACAACAACAACAAACACCAAUUCCACAGCAACAACAAAUUAAUGUAACAUUUGAACAACAUAACGAUAAUAUUAGAUACCAACAGCAACAGCAACAGCCACAACAUCUUCACAAUCAUAAUCAAUCACAAGAUAUAGCCAUAGACAUAAUGGACAACACCAACAACAAUAAUAACAAUAAUAUAAUACCGCAACAACAUCCACAAGCCUACGAGUAUCCAUAUGGUUAUAACUAUCCAUAUCCAACAUAUCCAUACUAUUACACACCGUAUACACAAUAUUAUACAUAUACACCUCCACCUCCACACCACCAACAACAACAGCAACCAUCUUCACAUCAAAUUCCACAACAAAACAAUACUAAUUUUAAAUCACCUUCAUCAUCAUCAACAACGCCAACAUAUAAUAUAGUAAAUAAUAACAAUAGCAGUAACAAUAAUUCAAGUUUAAAUAAUAAUAAUAAUAAUAUAGAUAAUAGUUUAAAUAAUAAUAGUAAUAAUAAUAAGAAUAGUAAAAAGAAUAAGAAUUGUUUAUCAAAUGUUUUGGUCACAACGAAAGACAGUAGUAGUCAUUCAAUGAUGUCAAGAGUCGAUAUCUCCAGUAUUAGCUUUGGAACGUUCGACUCUAGUCACUGGGAUGCAAUGUUGGUAACAUGCUCUCCAUUACUGCCAGACAGUUUCUCAUUUGUUUCAAUCAGUGACUCCACUCCCAUCACACAACUCGACCACUCACUCAUUAACGUUCCACCAAGGAACAUAGUAUUUGAUAACUCAAAGCACACUAUCGCUCAAAGUCAACAACCACAACAUCAACAACAAACAUCGACAUCUCCAACCACCUCAUCAUCCUCCUCCACACAAUCAUCACCAAUAUCUUCUUCAUCUUCACCUUCUUCAUCUACCAACACAUCUCCAACCCAACAACCAUCAUCGUCAUCAAAACAACAAUCAAAGAAGAAGAAAAAGAAACAACAGCAACAACAACAACAACAGACAAACAAUGAAUUGAUACCAACACCAACGGCAACAAUAACAACAGUAUCAACAUCAAAUAAAUCAACAGAAAUACAUAUAGAACAAUCACCAAUUCCAACAAUUCCAUCAAAUGUACAGAGCACUUCAACAACAACAACAACCACUACCACUACCACUACCACUACAACAACAUCGACAUUAUCUCAACAAACAAAUCAAUCGAAAGAAGGUGAAUCAGCAUCUGCAUCAGUACCACCAGUUAUUGUAGAUCAACAACCAACGAGUUGGUCGAAAUUGAUCAUUCAAACGAUGGCACUGGACACCAAUAGUAGCUCACCAGCCAAACCGGUGGCUUCACAAGCUGAUGCUUCUAACUUGUCGAACGGUUCCAACGCCCAUCAAAACCAACUCCGUCUCAAGAAGGAGCUCGAUAAAAAACUGGCUUGGCUAAAGACGUUUGACGAGCAAGUACACAAAACCAAAGCCAUUACCUUCCAAUCGAAAGGUCUCGUCAACAUUGCCAACACAUGCUUUAUGAACGUCAUCCUCCAAUCGCUGGUCGGUUGUCAACCGUUUGUCAAACUCUUGAAAAAUAUCUCAUCUUCAUCCGAGGUAUUAGAUCACCAUUCCCAACACUCCAAAUAUCCAACUUUAUUAAAUUUAAUCCAAUUUAAUAAUGAUUAUUUCUCAUUAACAACAACUACCAACAAUCAAUCGUCAUCAAAUAGCAGUAAAUUUAUGAAUAAUAAUCACUCUAUUCCCAAUCCAAUCAAUCCUAAAUACUUUAGUGAUUUAGUGAAAUCAUUCAACAGCAAAGUCUCACCAUCUCCACCAGCAACUCAACCACCACCCCUUUCAAUUCCACUCAGCAAGAAAAAGUCGAAACUCAUGGUAUUCGAGCAACAACAGCAACAACUCACACAACAAAGCUGUCAACAAGAUGCUCAAGAAUUCUUGACCUACUUCCUCGAUUUGAUUCACGAAGAACUCGUGUCGUUGGUCAGAGAGAUCGAGGGUCCAAAGGAAGAACCUCUGAUACCCGACGAUCUCGAUGGUGAAUGGGAAGUUGUUGGUCAAAAAAAUAAGACAUCAACAAUCAAUGAUCAAUCAAACACUUCAACAAGUUCACCAAUCUCUCAAAUAUUCUCUGGAACUCUUAGGAGCAGUGUUAAUAAGCAUGAAUCAAAAGAAUCCAUUACAUUACAACCUUUCUAUUGUUUACAUCUUGACAUUAGACCAGAGAAUAUAUAUACACUCGAUGAUGCAUUGUCAUUGUUUAUGAAAGAGGAAGCGUUGGAAGGAUACACCUGUCAAACCAAAAAGAUCGAGAUUACCGCCAGUAAAUCAAUGUCGAUUGAGAUACUUCCAAGAAUUCUCAUUGUACAUUUCAAACGAUUCGCAUACGAUACCAAAGCACAGAAAUUGGACAAACACAUAUCUUUCCCAACACAACUCACCCUCAAGUCACACAUGCCAAUCAAGUCUGACCAGACCAAGAAAUACAGUCUCUUCUCCGUUGUCAGUCACCACGGUAAAGGCUUGUCUCAAGGGCACUACACAUGCGAUGUCCUUCAACAAAACAAUCAGUGGGUGAAAUUCGACGAUGCUUCAAUGAGUGACGUUACUGAGCAAGAAAUACUCUCAAGAGAAGCUUAUCUUUUAUUAUACCAACAACAUCUAAUUCAAAUUUUAAAAUAA